UUUGGACCUCUCAAUGAAUUGGGCUUUUGAUAGGUGCUCAUCACUUCAGUUCUGUGAGUUUAGUUAGUUGUCUUAACGUUUUUGUGUUACAUCAAUAUUUGUUUGUUAAACAUUUUGUAACAGAAGCUUUUUUUUUUUUUAAAUAAAAUGCCGAAAGGUAGGAAAGCUGCACAUAAGGGCCGAAUGCGGACCUACACCAGCCCCGAGGAGAUAGACGCCCAGAUGAAGGCAGAGAAAGAGAGAAAAAAGCAAGAGCAGGAAGAAGAUGAACAAGAGGGUGCAGCUCACAAUGAAGUUACAGAGAAAUCUGUAGCAUCAGAAUCAGAUGACAGUGAUGAUGAAGGUUCCCAGAGGAAGAGAGCGGGUGUUGAGGGUUUGAUAGAAAUUGAGAACCCCAACAGAGUCGCUCAGAAAUCCAAGAAGGUGACAGACAUUGAGAUGGAUGAGCCCAGGCAGUUAUCAAGGAGAGAGAGAGAGGAGCUCGAGAAGCAAAAAGCAAAGGAGCGCUUCCUGAAGGCGCACAUGGCAGGGAAGACGGAUCAGGCCAAAGCUGACCUAGCUCGCCUCGCCAUUAUCAGGAAACAGAGAGAGGAGGCAGCCAGGAAGAAAGAGGAAGAGAAAAAAGCAAAAGAAGCAGCGGCGGCGGCGGCUAAAGGAAUAAACUCCCUCUCAUUGAAAUGAUGCAGAGUAUUCAACAGAGGCUAUUUCAUGCAUCCGUGGACUGGCACAUCAUAUAUCUGACUAUUUUUAAAGGAAGAGCUAUGAAGAAUAUUUCAUUUUGCUGUAAAACAUACAAAAACGACCAUUUGGAAAAUGGUUGAGGAGGCACCAGUGGACAGGGAUUGUGUAUAUUCUGUAUUGGAAAUACAGCCUUGUUGAUGAUCCAAGGAAUUUUAAGGCUAUAAUCAAGAAUGCAUCAGUAUUCACAUAGACUCUGGCUGAACUCCUUCUCACCAAUAGCCAUGUUCAUGAUACACAUGUUAUGAAACCAUGGUGUACUGUUCCAGUACCAGUGUACAGUUCUACCUUUGCUGUUGGUGCUUUGCCACUUUUUUGACUCUUAAAUUAUAUUUAACUGUCAUAAAACCUGUUCAGUAUGACUAUCAUGAAAAUGUCAGGAUUCCUGCACAUCCUGGUAAACUAAAUUUAUUGUUUUCCAGUUGUGGAAAUAACCUGGAACUUGAUUAAAAUGUCCAAAUAACCUGGGAAUAAUCUA